GCAAGCGCGGGCUUAACAGAUUGCGUUAAACUCCUCCAAGAGGGAUCCCUGCUUUGUUAGAGCUCACUGACAAGCUGUAAUCCUGUGCUAAUAAGCCCGAGCUCCUGCUGCAAAUAGUUUACAGCGAAGGGCAAGCUCGCUUUGUUUCCUGGCUUCAUGGGGAAGGUUUGUAGAGUUUUACAGGGAGUUUAAAGCAGGUUUAAUUCCGCUAGCGCCGGCGCGAACCAGGGGUGGAUCACGCAACUGCAGUGUAAACACAAAGUCCAUUUUUUAAACUCCUCAAUCUUUCUUGGGAGUUACGUGUAAAUUUGGAUUAUCACUGAAGGGGACGUGCCCAAGUGAACAUGAUUAUCCAAAAGUUUCUAUUGGCCUGAUUCAGAAAAAAAAAAUCCUUCUCUUCCUUCUCUUUACUCAUUUUUAAAGUUAACUGGCCACAGUUCAAACAGCAAAACACAAAAUUAAAUAAAUGGGGCAGAUUCAAACAGUCGGAAGUGUAAUGAAAUAAAUGAGACAAAUUCCUUGAACUGCACCUAACAUGAAAACGAAUCUCAGCUGCUCAUUAGAGACCGCCGAGAAGGGGACGUCUACAAAUUAAAUCACGGGAAGUAGAGGGAGGCAUGGUAAAAAGGUCAAUUAUCUAAAUCUCCUCUUAUUAACUGAAAAAUAUUUUUUCAAGAUUGAAAGUAGUAAAAUAUGUUAGUGGCAAAUGGCCAAGCCUGUUUACGCACUUAAAAAAGCGAGGAGUUGGGCAGAGCAGAGGAAUGGGUAAACAAGGAAUAUACCACGUUAUUUUCAGGCUGGGUUAGCAGUAAUUCUCACCUGACGUACAUCCAGGUGUUUGCUCCCUUACUCUCUCUGGCAAAAUUCAUACUUGUUUUCCGCAGGUUAAUUCAGAUUUUGCUGGGGAUUCCAGUGAUGGCCGUCUGGGGAAGGAUCCGGGGGUGUCGGUGUGCCUGCCAGCGGGCUCAGGUCUGAAAGAAGAGCUGCAGGGAGCAACCUGUCCCCUCCCGCACCCUUCCGACCCGCGGCAUGGCAUCGCCCAUGAGGAGCUUGCUCACCGACCCCGCCAGAUACCUCCAGUCUUUCCGCCUCUUCCUCACGAAUUCGACCGAGCACCAGUGCAUGCGGGAGUUCAUGGAGAGGCAGCUGCCGGCCGAGAUAGCGAGUAUUGGAAAUGGGAAGUCUACAAUCAAUAUUCUAAGCGUUGGUGGUGGAGCAGGUGAGAUCGACCUGCUGAUCCUCUCAAAAGUACAAGCCAGAUAUCCAGGCGUCACCAUCAACAACGAUGUAAUAGAGCCAAGUGCUGACCAAAUCUCCAAGUACAAAGAGCGUGUGGCUGAGACAUCAAGCCUCGAGAACGUAAAGUUUACCUGGCAUGAGGAGACAGCUUAUGAAUAUGAAAGUCGAAUGAAUGCAGAAAAGAAGUCUAAAAAAUGGGACUUCAUUCACAUGAUCCAGAUGCUGUAUUAUGUAGAAGACAUCCCAGCAACUAUCCGCUAUUUCCACAGCCUCCUGGAAGCGCAGGCGAAGCUGCUCAUUAUCCUGGUCUCAGGAACCAGUGGCUGGGAAACGCUGUGGAAGAAGUUUGGGUCUUCCUUCCCUUUAAAUGAUCUCUGCUCUUAUGUUUCCUCUGCUGACAUCAGAACGAUACUGGAUUCAGCUGGGCUGAAGUACCAGCUGCAUGAGCUCCCAUCCUACAUGGACAUAACGAGCUGUUUUAUUGAAGGGAACAAGGAUGGGGAGCUGUUGCUGGAUUUCCUGACAGAAACCUGCCAGUUUUCUGAAACUGCUCCUCCUGAAUUAAAGCGUCAGGUAAUGGAAGAGUUAAGAAAGCCUGAAUGCAGUGAAAAAAGAGAUGGGAAGGUGCUUUUUAAUAACAACCUGAGUGUAAUAAUGAUUGAGCCAUGACUUAACCUCUUCUUGAGUCAAAGCAAAUAGUCAGAACCUGUUAACAGCUGAAAUAUGUUUCUCAUACUUUAUAAAUGGCUUAGUUUACUUCAGUACUGAAUAUAAUGUUUGGAGCCUGUUAAGAAAUCAGUAUUAAUAUCUGUUGUUGUAAGUGAGCUUUAAUACCUGAUUAAUUCUGUACAAAUCUAUGACUGUGUUACUCACCAAGCAGUUAACUGUGUUUUAUCGUAUGAAUGUUGAAUAAUCAGAAGUAACUCAGAUCAUCCACUCGGGCACUGCAGAAACCUGACCAUUUCCUACAAAGUAAUCAAGAACUGUAUGUGGUUUCAUCAUCUUUAUCUAAAACCUCUCUACAGACCAAAUAAACAAAUUACAGCCUCUCAGUGCAGCUGGCAAGGGUGGAGGCUCAAAAUGACCAGCCAUUUGGGUGGCUGCUCAGUGGGAUCUCUUGAGCUUGCUGUGACUUCAAGAUCUCGUACCUCCAGUUACGAUGAAAGUGGCCUCGCACCUUCUGUAUGCAUGAUGGCUGCCCACUCCUGCCUCCGCAUCCGACUCCAUUUAAUGGCACUGCUUCCCUCUCCCUGUAUUUUCACCUUAUUUUUAUGAUGCUGCCUCUGCAGCGUGAUUUGCAAACAGGUCCACGCUGGUGCUGCAAGAGCCAAGCGAUUGAAGAUGGUCGAGACUCAGCAGUGGUAACAACUGUCCCGGAGAGGUGAAUUUCACUAAUGAGCCUUGAGGCAAAGCCAUCAUUAGGAAUCAGCUACUGCUGUCAGGUCGGGCUCUUUGGUAUUGUUAGCUAACCGCACAGAGCUCCUGGUCGCAGCCUUUUGCUAGCCUGGCAGCAAGGGCCGCGCGUGGCUUGUGAGCUUUGUAACACAGAAGAUGUAGAAAGGAGCUCUGAUGCCAAACUGACAGGUUUCAGCGGGAUUUCUUUCAUUUUCAGCGGGAUCAUGUCAGGUUAAUCUGCCCAACAUAUAGUAUAGGAUGUUCAGCAAGAAGGUGCUUCACCUCCUUGGUCCCUUCUCCAUGUGGGGCUGUCUCUGCUCUGGUGGCUGACGCAUUUGUUUUGCUAAACGACUUUACGGGUUUAAGAAGUGUUAUGCUCUCUACAAUGCACAAUGCAUGGUGGAAUGCAGUAUGGUUGCUUGAACGCAUUUAAUAGUCUGAAUACUCAGUUUAUCCAGUGAGACAGGUGUGAUUUCUGCCAUUGAAAUAAUUUCACUCAGUUUUGAAAUGGUUUACUUUAGGUAAUGCUUUAGCUGCAAGAAAUUAUGUUUUAUUUUUGCGUAUAUAUUUCUGAUACAGUAUAGAUUAUUAAAGACUUGAAGUGAUUUACAAGA